ACGCCGGCCUGCCGCAGCCCUGCCUGAGCCUCGCCCAGAGCCCCGGACGCCCCCACGCCGCGCCUGCCAGACGCCGAAAGCCAUGGCCUCGAACGCUGGCCCGCCGUCUCCGCUGUUCGUGCGGGUGUCCGAGCCUGGCCAGCGGCUACAAUGGAAGCUGGAAAGCUACUUCCAGAGCCGGGAGUCGGACGGCGGGGAGUGCACCGUCCGGCCCGUUGGCGGCUUAAACCCGGAAACUUUUCUGGUGGAGUUCGUGGAAAGGGAAGCUAAGGAAAGAGUGUUGAAAAAAGGAAAGCACCAUAUUACAGUCGACAACAAAAACGUGAAUGUUUUCCUGGAACUUACUGAAAAUGAAAAAGAGAAGAACACCAGACCCAGAAAGUCUUCAUUGACACAGUCACAAGAAGGGGUGAGGUCUAGAGAGAAGCAUGUAAGUGGAGAAUGCAGUCCUAGUGCUGUCGAGUCCUAUAUCCAAAAGAUCUUUCUUACCGUCACAGCUGAACUGAACUGCGAGCUGUUCUCUGAAGAGCAGAGGGAACACAUAACUACUCUUUGUCCCAAUAUCAAAAGAAUCAAGGGUGAUGAUGGGGUUGAGAAGGUGUGUGGUGACUUAAGAGAUAUUGAAAAAAUACAUUGCUUCUUAAAUAACCAGCUCCUGGAAAAUGAGCACAGACAGAAAUCUUCUGCUUUGACAAAGAAGCAGGCACCCCAGCAGGCCUGGGACAGCAGUAUUUCUCCCUCUGAACCAAAAGCCAGGUCAGAUGGAAACCAUUUGGAAGUUCCCUUGCAUUGCUUUGAAUAUUUCAAACGUAACUGUCCUGGUAGAAUAGACUCAAUAGAGAAGCAAUUUAGUGUCAAGAUAAAAACUAAGGACAGUUCUCUGAAUAUGAUCUGUUUAGACUUCACCUCAGAUCAGCCAGGUGACCUCGAAGCAGCUCUCAACUGUUUUACCAGUGAAUUUCAGAAGAUGGUAGGAAACAUGGAGUCAAGCUUCCUUCCAGCAGGCAGUAAGCAGGCAAAUAAAAUCAAACAGGAUUCAAAUCACCAGUUUACAAAUCUCCCUAUAAAAGAGAAAGAAAAGGAACUAACUUUCUCUGGGACCCAAGAUAACAUGUCAGCUGCCAAACAUUUUCUUGCCCCCCAAACCUCUAAAAGUCUUGUCAAGGUGCCUGUGAAAAUAUCACCUCCUGGAUACAUGAUGGAUGGAAUUAAAGUUGACACUGUUCACUAUAAGCUUUUAGAACCUGAAUUAUUCCAGGAGAUAGCAGAGAUAGAACAAAAGUACGACACCCAAUGUCAUGUUCAGGAAUCCUCCAUUUUUUUUAAACCCAGGAACAGGGACUUAGACCUGUCUGUGCAUGCUUAUGAAGCUUUCAUCGAUGCCUAUCAACGUAUCUCAUGUCAGCUGAUGAAAGAAGUUCUUUCACUGAACUCUUGGGGCAAGGAGAGAGAGCACUUACAUAGACUCAUGUUCACUGAUGACUUGAGAAAAAAGCAUCCACAUAUCCUCCCUCAGAUAACUCAGGAGUCAGUGACUUUGAUCGGGUUGCCAAAACACCUUGCAGAGGCAAAGCAGUAUAUUUUUCAAAGAGGGGGAAUGUCUCCAUUAGCUGGAAAGAAACAGAAUGAAGACCAUGAAACACCCAUGGAUGUCGACAGUAAUGACUCAAAAGCAGCUUUGCCAACAUGCCUGCCUUCUGCCAGUGCUAGGCCUGCAGGAACAGAUGAGGAAAAGGACCUCUGUGUCAUCUGCUUGGACACUAUUAGUGACAAACAAGUGUUGUCGAAGUGUAAGCAUGUGUUCUGCACACCUUGUAUCAGGCAGGCCAUGGCAGCUAAGCCGGUGUGUCCUGUGUGCCAGGUUUACUAUGGAGUCCAGAAAGGAAAUCAGCCAGAGGGAACCAUGCAUACCAUGGUCUUACCAAUUUCACUUCCAGGUUAUGAAUCCUGCAACACCAUUAAGGUUACUUAUAAUAUGAAAGAAGGCAUACAAACAAAAGAGCAUCCAAACCCAGGAGUGAGAUACAGUGGAACACAGCGAAGUGCAUACUUGCCCAAUAAUAGAGAAGGAAAUGAGGUUUUGACACUGCUUCGUAGGGCCUUUGACCAAAAACUGAUUUUCACAGUGGGGUAUUCUCGAACAACAGGAACCUCAAAUGUCAUUACUUGGAAUGAUAUCCACCAUAAAACGAGCCUUAGUGGGGGACCAGAAAGCUUUGGCUACCCUGAUCCUGAUUAUCUGAAACGUGUCAAACAGGAACUGAAAGAUAAAGGUAUUGAGUAAGGAGAAUGCUGGAAGUGUAUCUUGAGCCAAGCUUUCCAGUGGCACAGUUGACAAGUAUAUACCAAUCUGAAUUCUUAUGCAGACAAGUCAGUCUUUUAAAAGUUUUCAUUUGUUAAAGAAGUAGUUUGUGUAAGCAUCUACUGGUUUGCCAUUUCUAUAGUAUUACUUUUUUUUGGAAGAUAAAAGCCUCCAAAUCUCUGUAAUUUUGACAAAGAGGUAUUGAUUGAGCCCCGUUCUUGCAUCAUUGUGGGAUGUGGUUAUCUGUGGGUUUGAAAUCUUCUAUGUUCCAACUAUUCCUCUUUUAAUUACCAUCUCUAGGAUGGUCCCAUAGUGUUUUGUUUGUUUGUUUGUCUGCCUUUUAAUCUCUACACUAGUGUGAAAGAGGGGGUGACAGAGAGCUUGGGAAUGAAAAAUCUGAGAUCCACUUUUUCUUCCUUCCUAGAGCCAGAAAAGUAGCCAGGAACAGAGGUUGGGCAACCAUUGGUAAUAAAUUGAAUAAGACUGUUCUUUUUCAAGACACAGAUACUAGCAUAUAGUUAGUGUUUAAUAAAGUUUUAUAAAUAAAGGUGGUUAAUAACCCAGCAGAGAGAUAAAUGUUUCCCAGCAGGAGGAGUAAGGAAGCCAUUUCUGGAGUCAUCAACAUUGAUUUGGAGCAAUGAGCUUUUUAUUCCAGAAUACUUGGCUUCUGAACUAGCCAAGUGUCUAGCUGGUCCUUGCUCCCCCUUGAUCCUUAUAAGCUGCCAUCUGAGAGGUUCUUUUUUUUUUUUUUUUUUUUUCAUCUGAGAGGUUCUUGUCCCACUGUAGCAAUGUUACACAUUUCUGAACAUUUUUUCUCUCCUGGAUAUAUUCAUGUAGUUUUUAAAUUUAUCUCACUUCCAGUUUUAACUGAUAAGUAAACACACUUUAGUUUCCCAUAGGCUGUCAUUUUCUCAGUAACUAUAGACCUCACAGUCUUUUUUCCUAAAUUCAACAAUGUCUUGUUUUCUCCCUUAAAAUUUUUUUCUCAGAUCCUCUCUCUAGACAGAGAAAAGGCAAAUAUUGAAUCUAUUACAAGGAAUACAUAGCAUAUCAAAAAUUCAAAUUGUUCUCCCAAUCAGAAGAAAGCCUAAUAGCAAAUUGUCUGAUUAUCCACAUCCUAUUCUAUCUCCAAAAGUGGCAAAAGAGAUGUCUUUUUAUUUUCCUAAAGGUGUACAUAGCACUCAUAGAAGUUUUAGGAUUAGGUAAUAAUGGGUAAUGCUUAUUGUAUAUUUAUCUUAUAAGAUGUUCCUAUCUAUGUGAUUGAUAACUUAACUAGCAUCCCCUUUUUAUAACUGACAAAACUGAGCACAGAAAGAAUAAGCAGUGAGACAAAGGCUACAAAUGAUAGGAUUUGACCGGUAGUCUGACUCCAGGAGGUCUGUACCCCAGUAGCUAUACUUCCCCAUGGGGUAGGCUGAGGAAUUCCCAUUAUUUUGGGCAUCUCUCAGAAAUGGAUUCCUGUGCAAAAUAGUUUUCCUUCAAGGAACUCCUGUUUGAAGAAGUUAAAAAUUCAGUAUCAGUCCUCCCUGGUGGUGCAGUGAGUUAAAGCACAGCACUAAGAAGCUAAAGCCACUUGAGCAUGAGCUUGAUCACCCCCCUCAGAGGUAACCCUCAUGGCACAGCAGAUCUCUCCUGACUCCCCGCUUUUCCCCUCAUCAGUGUACUUCGUCAGUCGGCCUG